UGUCCACAUGCAAUUAACUUGCGAUAGUUCUUUACCAAGUAACUUGCUGGAGUGUCUACACUUUAUUUCAAUUAUUUUCAAAUUUAUUUGGGCAAGUUACUCAGCAAGCUUUACUUGCUGUAUUUCUUUAAGUGAAACGUGUACACUAGUUUUGUAAAUAUGUCAUCUCGGCAAAUAGCUGCUGCGGUUGUGAUAUAUUUAAUAAAAAAACGAAAAGAGAAAAAGGAAAAAAAUAAAAGAAAAAUUUGGGUAAGAAAAUGGAUUCAGCGUAGAGCUACUUUAGGAUUACAUGAGAAGUUACUUAAUGAGUUAAGAAUGGAAGGCCCACAACAGUUGAAAAACUUUCUACGAAUGUCUGCAAAAGACUUCGAUUUUUUGCUUGGUUUGGUGAAGGAAAAGAUAUAUAAGAAAGAUACAAAAAUGCGACAGGCCAUUAGACCAGAAGAACGCCUGUCUUUGACACUUCGCUUUUUAGCCACAGGUGAUUCCUACCAUUCUCUUAUGUAUUUGUAUCGAAUCCCUGUAUGUACGAUCGCAAGGAUUGUUCCUGAGUGCUGUGCUGCAAUUGUGGAAGCUCUAAAAAAGGAAUAUUUAAAGGUUCCAAAUACCCAAGAAGAAUGGAUUAGGAUUGCAAAAGAUUUUAAAAAUAUCUGGAAUUUUCCAAACUGCCUAGGAGCUCUGGAUGGAAAACAUGUCGUUAUGCAAGCCCCACCUUGCAGUGGAAGUUAUUAUUUUAACUACAAAGGCACGCACAGCAUAGUUUUAAUGGCAUUGGCUGAUGCAAAUUAUAAAUUUAUUUAUGUGGAUGUUGGUUGUAAUGGAAGAAUUUCGGAUGGUGGCGUGUAUAACAUGUGUUCUCUGUCUACCGCUUUGGAAAAUAAUACUGUAAAUUUGCCUCCUCCACAACAGCUGCCGGGAAUGAAAAACUUUUCACCGUUUGUUUUUGUAGCAGACGACGCAUUUGCAAUGAAACCAAACUUGCUUAAACCAUAUCCAUUCAAAAAUCAGCCAGGGCCAAACCGCGUAUUUAAUUACCGACUCUCAGGUGCAAGAAGAAUAAUUGAAAAUACGUUUUAA